CCUUAAAUCCGGUGUCAUCGCAUACUCCACGCCCUUGAUUCCCUACACUUGUCUAUCAUCCCCUCCUGUCACGUGGCUAGCCCGCCCGUCAAUGGCCUUCUAAGUGAAUAGAUCGAUCCGUCACUGUUGGUUGGGGCUCAUUCAUCAUUAUCAAAUGGCUCCCCGCGGUGCGGCUAACACCACGGCGGCCUCGCGCCUCCGUCAGGACUAUAUGCGGCUCAAACGCGAUCCCGUGCCGUACAUUGUGGCCGAGCCUUUACCUGCUAAUAUCUUGGAGUGGCAUUAUGUGGUGUCAGGUCCGGAUGAUUCGCUGUAUGCGGGGGGUUCGUAUCACGGGAAAUUGGUGUUCCCAUCCGAGUUUCCUUUCAAACCCCCGUCGAUCUACAUGAUCACACCCAAUGGGCGGUUCAAGACCAAUACGCGACUGUGUUUAUCCAUUUCCGACUAUCAUCCGGACACUUGGAAUCCCGCUUGGUCUGUGGCCACCAUUUUGACGGGCUUGCUCUCAUUCAUGUUGGAGAAAAGCCCCACUUUGGGCUCUAUUGAGACCUCGGACACGGAGAAGCGGUCUUUGGCCUUGAAGAGCCACGAAUUCAAUUUGGCCAACAAGAUUUGGCUCGAGUUAUUCCCGGAACAAGCCCAAUCUUCGAGGGAUCUACUGGAACGGCGUCGUUUAGAACGGCUCGAGCGCAAACGAUUGGCCUUGACCCAAGGUCAGUCCAUUCUGAAUGGAACCAAUUCCGGAGACACACAUCAAGGUCAUGGGAACGGGCUGUAUAGUGCUGUGGCCAACUUCUUGGUGAUUGGAGGCUUCGCCGCGUUUGCCUUGAUCGUACAAUACGUGCUUCAAACGAUAUCAGUGACGGCUGAGUGAGCUGAAGCCCAUCGGGCACUAACCACAUCAAGUCGCACUGUCAAUGCAAUCCCAGGAAUGAUUCAGGAACUGGCAAUGAAAGUAGAAUGUGCAUAUACUGAAGCAUCUGUGAUAUCGUAUCCCUCUCGUGCUCUGGCUCUCACUUCGUGGAGCCAGUCAAAUCUCUUGGCUAAGUGAGAUAAACCCCCAUCUUGUCGCCCUUGUGUCGUCCCGAACACAUUAUUUUUUCCUCAAAUCUGUCGCUGACAAAUUGCAUUCUGAACAAAUAUAAAUGAUCGUCCUGCUACUGA